GAAGAGUGACAGACAAUUAUAUGGGAUGCAUUUUGCCCACUGUGGUUCAUUUACUGAUAACAUGAUAAACUCUCGACUCUACGUUGCUGCGCGUUCACAAUGCUGCGCUGUGAUUGGCGGAGACGCAUGCUCCGUUCAGUCCGGUGAACGCGCGGCGCUCCUGCGGGUUCAUAUACCCGCGUUUCUCUGCCGCACUAACCUGACCACACUCCUGCAAACAAACACAAUCUAGUAAAGCUGUCGGGAAAAUAAUAAUAAUAACAACAAUAAAAGAUGAUGGUGAAUGUGUCUGCUGCGAUGUUUCUGCUGCUGGGCUGUAAUCAUCUGCUGGCCAUGGAGCUGCAUGAUCAUAUCCUGGAGAAACAAGGGAGCCAAGUCAAAAAGCGCCUCUCCCUGCAGAGCACAGCUGAAAUCCAGAGCUGCUUGGUGAGUUCAGGGGAUGUCGGCUGUGGGAUGUUUCAGUGUUUCAGCAAUAACUCCUGUGAGAUCCAGGGCCUCCACCAUAUAUGCCUCACUCUGCUGCACAACGCAGGACGCUACAACUCUCAGGGUAAGUCGUACGUGAAGGACGCACUUCGAUGCAUUGCGCUGGGACUGCGGCAGCGUUUCAGCUGCGUGAGCCGGCGUUGCUCUGCGGUGAAAGAGAUGGUGUUCUCGCUCCAGAGAGAGUGCUACUCCAAACACAAUCUCUGCCUGGCUGUGCAGGAUCACCUGGACACCAUGGGGAACCUGGUCCAGUUCCAACUCAUGUUUCCUGCAGGGCCGUACGUUGAGCUGAUGAACUUCCUGCUGAAGUGUGGAGACAAGAUCAGGUCCUGGGUCGGACAGCGACUUCGGGGGCAAUGUGAGCAACACUGGGGGGCGCUCUGCAGCACCUUCACCAACAUCUGCCCCCUCAGUCCGUCAGAUGCUCCGGGGCUUCCCACCAGUCCAGCACCCUCCAUCCCUGGACCUGCUACCCCUGCUGAUCCCCUGCAGCAGCCGACCAGAGAGGUCGAACUAGAGGAUGUGACCCCUGAUUGGUCGACAGACAAUGUUACCCAAUCUGAUCUCUUAGCAUCCUGAACUUUCUUAUAUCAAGAGUUACACAAGGUGCACACAGGGUAAACAAACAUUAAGCACUUAUAUUACCAGUAGAAAAAGUAAAAGAUGUAGAUUUAGACGAGUUUUCUGUGUAGUGUUGCCAGUGAAUGCAAAAGCAGCAAUACUUAUUUAGUGUGUGGGUGUUUUUGUUUUGUGGAGAUUAAUAUUUUCUCUGAAUAUAUACAGGAUGAAAAGCCAUUAAUCUACCUCACAUCAAUAUUACAUUUCAUCAGAGGGAAACGCUCAUAACAAGUUCAGCUCAUGUGCGUCUCAUGGCUUUGAGACAGAAUUAAACUUUUUUUUAGUCUGUUUUGGUUUUUAUGAGGAUUGUCAUGUUGUGCAUCAUGCAUAUAGUUAAAGAAUAAGCUUCAAUAACCUACCUUAAACUUGUAAUAAUCUUAAAGACAUCUGAAGUUAUACAAUCUAUUUUAUAUAACAGUUUUUUCUCAGGCCAUUUUCUUUAUAGUCACAAAGCAGAUGGCUCUAAAUGCAUCCAGAGGAAAAGAUGCAAAGAAAGUCCAGCAUACUGAAGUAAUUAUGCCUAUUUUUAUGUCUGAGUUGUCCCAACUGGUGGUGCUGAAGUGUUCAGAUAUAAAACAGGGUUUUGCUUGUUAUUGCAACUCAAAACAUUAAAAACAUCUAAGAAGAGGAAUCCUGUCAGAACGGUGCUUUUAAAAUCAGCGAAUGGUGAUGCAAAAAUGACAAAUCCCAACUUAGUGCUUAAUACUAAGUUGUGCUUAGUAUUAAGCACAACUUUAAUAGUUUAUUUAAAUAGAAAAUGUUUUUGAAAAAAAAUAAAAAGCAGACCUUAUUGUAAGUGAAUAUUUUUCUUUAAUUGGUUUAAAAAUCGGAUUUCAGCACAGGUUACCGUUUCCUGUGUAAUGCAAACAGUUCUUGUUUUUGAGAAUACAACAGUGUUAGCUGUGACUAUAAUUUACAUAAAUAUAAAUAAAUAUGGG